CACCCCGCGCCUGCGCAGGAGAGUCGGGAGGCUCGGUUUGCGGGCUCCGGGCGCUAGCUCCUGUCAGUCGGUGGGUCGGUCCUCCCGCCGGCCCUCCCCCUCCGCGUCCUCCGGGGGAGGCGCGGCGGAGUCCGCCCCCGGGAUCCCCCGAUGGGGGAGAAGCGGCGACGGCGGCAACGGAAUAACCGAGCCGGAGCGUGAGCGGCCCCGGGGCCCGGCUGCCCGCGGAGGCCAUGGGCGACCCAGCCCCCGCCCGCAGCCUGGACGACAUCGACCUGUCCGCCCUGCGGGACCCUGCUGGAAUCUUCGAGCUGGUGGAAGUGGUCGGCAAUGGAACGUACGGACAGGUGUACAAGGGUCGGCACGUCAAGACUGGGCAGCUGGCUGCCAUCAAGGUCAUGGACGUCACGGAGGAUGAGGAGGAGGAGAUCAAACAGGAGAUCAACAUGCUGAAGAAAUACUCUCACCACCGCAACAUUGCCACCUACUACGGGGCCUUCAUAAAGAAGAGCCCCCCCGGGAAUGAUGACCAGCUCUGGCUGGUGAUGGAGUUCUGUGGUGCUGGUUCCGUGACAGACCUGGUGAAGAACACGAAAGGGAACGCUCUGAAAGAAGACUGUAUCGCCUACAUCUGCAGGGAGAUUCUCCGGGGUUUGGCCCAUCUCCAUGCCCACAAGGUGAUCCAUCGGGACAUCAAGGGGCAGAACGUGCUGCUGACGGAGAACGCCGAGGUCAAGCUAGUGGAUUUUGGGGUGAGUGCUCAGCUGGACCGCACUGUGGGCAGGCGGAACACUUUCAUCGGGACCCCCUACUGGAUGGCCCCGGAGGUCAUCGCCUGUGACGAGAACCCUGAUGCUACCUACGACUACAGGAGUGACAUUUGGUCUCUAGGAAUCACAGCCAUCGAGAUGGCAGAGGGGGCCCCCCCUCUGUGCGACAUGCAUCCCAUGCGAGCCCUCUUCCUCAUCCCCCGGAACCCACCCCCCAGACUCAAGUCCAAGAAAUGGUCUAAGAAGUUCACCGACUUCAUUGACACGUGUCUCAUCAAGACCUACCUGAGCCGCCCGCCCACGGAGCAGCUGCUCAAGUUCCCGUUCAUCCGUGACCAGCCCACGGAGCGGCAGGUCCGCAUCCAGCUCAAGGAUCACAUCGACCGCUCCCGGAAGAAGCGAGGCGAGAAAGAGGAGACGGAGUACGAGUACAGCGGCAGCGAAGAGGAGGACGACAGCCACGGGGAGGAAGGCGAGCCCAGCUCCAUAAUGAACGUGCCCGGGGAGUCGACGCUGCGCCGGGAGUUUCUGCGGCUGCAGCAGGAGAACAAGAGCAACUCGGAGGCCCUGAAGCAGCAGCUGCAGCAGCAGCAGCAGCGCGACCCCGAGGCGCACAUCAAGCACCUCCUGCACCAGCGCCAGCGCCGCAUCGAGGAGCAGAAGGAGGAGCGGCGGCGCGUGGAGGAGCAACAGCGGCGGGAGCGGGAGCAGCGGAAGCUGCAGGAGAAGGAGCAGCAGAGGCUCGGGGACAUGCAGGCCCUGCGGCGGGAGGAGGAGCGGCGGCAGGCCGAGCGCGAGCAGGAGUACAAGCGGAAGCAGCUGGAGGAGCAACGGCAGUCCGAGCGGCUCCAGAGGCAGCUGCAGCAGGAGCACGCCUACCUCAAGUCCCUCCAGCAGCAGCAAGGCCUGCCCGGGGACAGGAAGCCACUGUACCACUACGGCCGGGGCGUCAGUCCCGCCGACAAGCCGGCCUGGGCCCGAGAGGUCGAGGAGCGAACGAGGAUGAACAAGCAGCAGAACUCCCCCUUGGCCAAGACCAAGCCCAGCAGCACAGGGCCUGAGCCCACCCUCCCCCAGGCCGCCCCAGGGCCUCCGGGCCCCCUUUCCCAAACUCCUCCUAUGCAGAGGCCGGUGGAGCCCCAGGAGGGACCGCACAAGAGCCUGGUGGCGCACCGGGUCCCACUGAAGCCAUAUGCAGCGCCUGUACCCCGAUCCCAGUCCCUGCAGGACCAGCCCACCCGAAACCUGGCUGCCUUCCCAGCCUCCCCUGAGCCCGACCCCGCCAUCCCCACGCCCACUGCCACGCCUAGCGCCCGAGGAGCCGUCAUCCGCCAGAAUUCAGAUCCCACCUCCGAAGGGCCUGGCCCCAGCCCAAACCCCCCAGCCUGGGUCCGGCCUGACCCUGAGGCCCCCCCUCAGGUGCCUCAGAGGACCUCCUCCAUCGCUGCCGCCCUCAACACCAGUGGGGCUGGAGGGGCCCGGCCCACUCAGGCUGUCCGCGCCAGACCUCGCAGCAACUCCGCCUGGCAAAUCUAUCUGCAAAGGCGGGCAGAGCGGGGCACCCCCAAGCCUCCAGGGUCCCCUGCUCAGCCCCCUGGCCCGCCCAACGCCUGUAGCAACCCUGACCUCAGGAGGAGCGACCCUGGCUGGGAGCGCCCAGAAGGCGCCCUCCCCUCUCAUGGGCACCUGCCCCAGGCUGGCUCGCUGGAGCGGAACCGCGUGGGAGCCUCCUCCAAACUGGAAAGCUCCCCAGUGCUCUCCCCCGGCCACAAAGCCAAGCCUGAGGACCACCGCUCCCGGCCGGGCCGGCCCGCAAGCUAUAAGCGCGCCAUUGGUGAGGAUUUCGUGCUGUUGAAAGAGCGAGCCCUGGACGAGGCCCCGCGGCCUCCCAAGAAGGCCAUGGACUACUCGUCGUCCAGCGAGGAGGUGGAGAGCAGCGAAGACGAGGAGGAAAGCAACGGCGAGCCAUCCGAGGGGAGCAGAGACACCCCCGGGGCCCGUGACGGGGACACCGACAGCGUCAGCACCAUGGUGGUCCACGACGUGGAGGAGAUAGCCGGCACCCAGACCCCCUAUGGGGGCGGCACCAUGGUGGUCCAGCGCACUCCCGAGGAGGAGCGCAGCCUGCUCCACGCGGACAGCAACGGCUACACGAACCUCCCCGACGUGGUGCAGCCCAGCCACUCGCCCACCGAGAGCGGCAAAGGUCACAGCCCCCCCUUGAAGGACGGCGGUGGUGACUACCAGUCUCGCGGGCUGGUGAAGGCCCCCGGUAAGAGCUCAUUCACGAUGUUCGUGGACCUAGGGAUCUACCAGCCUGGAGGCAGUGGGGACACCAUCCCCAUCACAGCCCUGGUUGGGGGGGAGGGCAGCCGGCUGGAUCAGCUCCAGUACGACGUGCGGAAAGGCUCUGUGGUCAACGUGAACCCCACCAACACCCGUGCCCACAGCGAGACCCCCGAGAUUCGGAAGUACAAGAAGCGGUUCAAUUCAGAGAUCCUCUGUGCGGCCCUAUGGGGUGUCAACCUGCUGGUGGGCACGGAGAACGGCCUGAUGCUGCUGGACCGAAGCGGGCAGGGCAAGGUGUACGGGCUCAUCGGGCGGCGGCGCUUCCAGCAGAUGGAUGUGCUGGAAGGGCUCAACUUGCUCAUCACCAUCUCAGGGAAAAGGAAUAAAUUGCGGGUGUAUUACCUGUCUUGGCUCCGGAACAAGAUUCUGCACAACGACCCAGAAGUGGAGAAGAAGCAGGGCUGGACCACCGUGGGGGACAUGGAGGGCUGCGGGCACUACCGCGUGGUGAAAUACGAGCGCAUUAAGUUCCUGGUCAUCGCCCUCAAGAGCUCCGUGGAGGUGUACGCCUGGGCCCCCAAGCCCUACCACAAGUUCAUGGCCUUCAAGUCCUUCGCCGACCUCCCUCACCGCCCCCUGCUGGUCGACCUGACAGUGGAAGAGGGUCAGCGGCUCAAGGUCAUCUAUGGCUCCAGCGCCGGCUUCCACGCCGUGGACGUGGACUCGGGCAACAGCUACGACGUCUACAUCCCCGUGCACAUCCAGAGCCAGAUCACGCCGCACGCCAUCAUCUUCCUCCCCAACACCGACGGCAUGGAGAUGCUGCUGUGUUACGAGGACGAGGGUGUCUACGUGAACACCUACGGGCGGAUCAUCAAGGACGUGGUGCUGCAGUGGGGAGAGAUGCCCACCUCUGUGGCCUACAUCUGCUCCAACCAGAUCAUGGGCUGGGGCGAGAAAGCCAUCGAGAUCCGCUCGGUGGAGACCGGCCACUUGGACGGCGUCUUCAUGCACAAACGGGCCCAGAGGCUCAAGUUCCUGUGCGAGCGGAACGACAAGGUGUUUUUCGCCUCAGUGCGCUCCGGGGGCAGCAGCCAAGUUUACUUCAUGACGCUGAACCGUAACUGCAUCAUGAACUGGUGAUGGCGCAGCCGUGCCCACAGCCAGACCCCCCAGGCCGCCCUUCUUUCCCCUCCCCGGGCUUUUGCUUUUGACUGGUUUGAUUCACUGGAGCCUGCUGGGAACGUGACCUCUGACCCCUGAUGCUUUUGUGAUCACGUGACCAUCCUCUCUCUUGCCCCCCCCCCAUACGUUCUUCUCUCCAGAACUGUGCCUGUCCCGAUUCCGGGGAGAGGUACAGCUUCCCCUUCCCCGGAAUCGGGAUGGCCGAGCCCCACCCCCCUUUUCUCCGCUUCAGAGGAGAGUGCUUGGGGCGUGGACCCCGGACCCCACUGCUGCUGACCGGGCAGGGCCCUGGGCCCCUUCAUUUGCACGUCAGGGGAGCCGGCUCCCCCCUUGAAUGUACCAGACCCUGGGGGGGGUCACUGGGCCCUAGGUUUCAGGGGGGUUGCCCGCCACUCCAGGGGCAGGGACCAUUUCCUCAUUUUCUGAAAGCACUUUAAUGAUUCCCCUCCCCCCAAACCCCAGGGACUGGAGGGGGGACCCCGCCAGCCAAAACAUUUCCCCCUUUCCAACCCCAUUUCUUUCUAGCCUCUGUCCUUCCCUGGUGGAGGGAGGGAGCAGGGAGCUCUCGCCCCCCCACCCCGCACCCCCUUGCUUGCCUCUGUAUAUAGUGUGAGCAGCAAGUAGCCCCACCCGCCCUGCUCCUCCUCAAUGUAGUGGCCUUGGAUAUUCCGUUUGUUAAUAAAGACAAUUCAACCAGCUCCUACCA